AUAAAAAGGUGAGGAAACCCCAAGAAAGGUAUCAGUUUGCGGACAAUUAAGUAACAAACAUGAAGCUGACCAUUGCCAUCUCCCUAGCGAGCAUCCUGCUCCUUAGCGUCGCCCAUGUCGCCCAAGGUUGUGAUUGUGGUUGCCCCACGACCUCUCCCAAGCCCUGCCAAACAACGGUACCGACUUGUGCGCCAACAACAACCACAACAACAACAACCACUUGUGCGCCACCCACAAGGCCACCUCCACCUCCAUGCACAGACGCCCCAACGACAACUAAGAGGACAACGGAAAAAUCCACCACAAGGAGAACCACCACAACAACUAGACAAACAACAACUAGACCUACAACAACUACAACCACAACCACCACAACUAGACGUCCAACAACUAGGUCUACAACAACUAGACAUACAACAACUACAACCACCACAACUAGACGUCCAACAACUACAACCACCACAACUAGACGUCCAACAACUACAACCACCACAACUAGACGUCCAACAACUACAACCACCACAACUAGACGUCCAACAACUACAACCACCACAACUAGACUUCCAACAACUAGAUCUACAACAACUAGACAAACAACUAAAUCCACCACUUCUAAGCGUCCAACACAUGAGACCACCACCACAUCUAAGCGUCCAACACAAGAGACCACCACAACCACUAGACGUGCAACACAAGCAACCACCACACCUAAACCCACCAACAAGCCUGGCUGUGGCUGCAAGUCCUGCGGUCCUGGAGGCAUACCCUGCGGUAGCUGUCCCAAGAGGCAGGGACUGUGCACGGAACUUAACAACUUACUCCGCCAGCUGGAGCGCAGGGUCCGCGAGUGCGUCUGCGGCCAACCCGUGUGGUUGUUGUAAGGCGUUGCAGGAUCGCUUGAGACAACUAAACCACCCAACUAAAGGAUGUGACUGCAGCCCUGCGAAAUGUAUUUUGUGGGGCAGCUCGGCCAGGACUUCGAUUUCAACUUCGACUUUAACUCCGCUUUGUUUUUGUUUUCAUCAAUUGACUUGAGAUGUAAGAAUUAAUAAAACUUGUUGAACUGCAUAAAUUUGAA